AUCUUUUGAUUUAAUUUUUUAUGAAAUUUACUAGAGAUUUGGUUAAUAGUGGGGGAGGGAGGGAGGGAGUUCACCGACGAUGGAUCUGCUGCGUUUGGAGUCGAUGCAGUUGGCGCAACUGAUUAUUCAGAUGAAAGCAGCUCAUCGCACCAUUUCUUAUCUCGGCGAUCUCGGUCUCUUCCAAUUCAAAGGCUUCAACGCUGAAAAGAGUCCAUUCCAACGAACUUAUGCUGCUCCGGGAGCAAAUGACCAAGGCUGGCUUGUCACUGCCAGCAUGGUCGCAUGGUUUUUCAGAAGUGGUGGUAUUGAUCUAGAUAGCUUGGAGGUAUACUAUAUGCUAGUGAAACUUGGGGAACUUGAAUCAGAGCUUGUGGAGAUGAAUGCUAACUGUGAGAAGCUGCAGCAGAGUUAUUGUAAAUUGUUAGAAUAUAAGCUAGUUCUGCAGAUGGCUAGUGAGAUUUUUCAUUCAGCUCAAAGCAGUGCUGCUGCUCAGCAGAAGGCAACUGAUGCUCAGUACAGUGGUGGAGGAUCCAUUGACAGUCCAUUACUAUUGGAGCAAUAAAUGGUCACAGAUCCAUCAAAGCAGGUUAAGCUGGGCUUUCUCAGUGGCCUUGUUCUUAGAGGAAAAGCAAUGGCUUUUGAAAGGAUUCUGUUCCCAGCAACCAGGGGAGAUGUUUUCUUGAAACAAUCUGCAGUUGAAGAGCCUGUCAUUGACCCUGCAUCUGGAGAGGAGGUUGAGAAAAAUGUGUUUGUUAUCUUCUUCUCUGGUGAGAGAGCAAAGAACAAAAUUACAAAAAUAUGAGAAGCAUUUGGAGCAAACUUAUACUAGUACAAAGAGGACUAAGGAAAGCAAUUUCAGAUGAUUACAGAGCUAUACUUUUCUCCUUGUCUGGCAUCCACUCCUUGCAUCCUCUUUUUCCUUCGAGUGCAUUCUCACUUUUGU